AGCCGACUCCCACUGAUCUGCGAAACGAUUGAAAUGAACGCUUAACUUACGCGCGUUACGGACACUUACAACGCUUACGACUUCAGUAGCGCACUCAGGCGAUUGGUGGAGAUGUUGAACGCCAAUAUAACGCCACCAGGCAGCACUUCUCGGGAGUACUUGUGAUCUAAGAGACCCUGGCCUAACAGCCUAUUAGGUGAAGUUCGUCUUAGCCAGCCACGGAUCCGAAAUCAAACAUGUCCACUCUGGAUAAGCCCCAGGAGCUUAAUCCUACCACAAUUGAUUAUGAUAUUGGGAUCAUUGCUAGUGCCUUCAAACUUAGUACACCUGACUCGGUCAACUUUGGAGAUACACUCGUGUCGCCUCGUUCCCUCAAUUCUGAUGCAAGCGGCGAAGCCAACCACAACGACGACAUUGACAAUGUCGUUCACAAGAUAAGCUCCCAGGACUCUAAGUCCUCUGUCUCUCAUUCAAUCAAUGAAAGGCAGGAAGAGGGCGAAGAUGAAGGCGAAGUCGACGAAGAGGUCCAUAAGUUCACCAUCUCUCAUUCGAUCAAUGAAAGGCAGGAGGACGGCGACGGCGACGGCGACGAAGAGGUUCAUAAGUUCUCCAUCUCUCAUGCGAUCAAUGAAAGGCAGGAGGACGGCGACGGCGAAGGCGGCGAAGAGGUUCAUAAGUUCUCCAUCUCUCAUGCGAUCAAUGAAAGGCAGGAGGACGGCGACGGCGAAGGCGGCGAAGAGGUUCAUAAGUCCUCCGUCUCUCAUUUAAUCAAUGAAAGGGACGACGCCGACGGUGGUGACGAUGAUGGCGACAUGGCGCGCGAGGACGUUGGAUCCCACCAUGUUCACAAGAGAAAGGCUUUUGUUUACCGUCUCAAGGACGAGAAGCGCUACAACUAGGCAAUAUAUCCGAGAGAGCUUUCGAAUUAGG